AUAAGGCCACAAGAGGAUUGCGUCAUCCAAGAGAAGAAACGGAGGUCGAGGGUCUCUUGCCUCAGUCGAUGGCGAGACUUGCCGGCGGGCAGAUAGUCGUCGCUCCUCCUUCCUCCUUCCCCUGUGGACGCUCGAUCAUGUGCUAAGCCAUACACACCAUGACUGUUGUGACGAGGACAGCUUCUGAAUCGUACGUUAGAUAGUGAAGAGUAGAAAAAAAAUAGUAACAAUGAGUCGCUCAAAGAAGUAUAACAACCCCUUCGCUGGGGUUCGCUACGAGCAUCUAGUCGCUGGUGUGUCGGGAGGGGUUGCCUCCACGCUCAUUUUGCAUCCUCUGGACCUCCUCAAGAUCAGAUUUGCAGUCAGUGAUACUUCAGCCACGGCAGCAAAGCCACAUUACACUGGACUGACUCAGGCUCUAGGUCAGAUCUUGAGGCAUGAGGGGAUAAAAGGAUUGUAUAGAGGAGUCACGCCCAAUGUCUGGGGUGCAGGAUCUGCCUGGGGCCUCUACUUCUUGUUUUACAACAUGAUCAAGUCAUGGUUCCAGAGUGGCAACAGCAAAGUGCACAUCGGCCCCAGCCUCCACAUGGUCGCGGCGGCAGAGGCAGGCAUCCUGACCCUCGUAAUGACUAACCCCAUUUGGGUUGUUAAGACCAGAUUAUGUCUGCAAUACACUGAUGGAACAGGCAAGGUUCUAGCGGAGUCUCAUCGGUAUAAUGGGAUGGUCGAUGCAUUUGUCAAGACCUACAAGUACGAAGGAGUCAGAGGACUAUACAAGGGUUUUGUUCCUGGCGUUUUUGGGGUAUCACAUGGUGCACUGCAGUUUAUGGCUUAUGAAGAGAUGAAGGCGAAGUACAACAGGUAUCGCAAUCUCCCUAUUGAUGCAAAACUGACAACCCUGGAAUACCUUGGCUUUGCAUCACUCUCCAAACUCUUUGCAGCUGUCACAACUUACCCAUACCAAGUUUUGCGUGCCCGCAUGCAAGACCAGCAUGCCCAUUAUGACAACUUGCGCCACUGUAUCAAAGAAACAUGGAGACAAAAUGGUGUUCGUGGUUACUACAAAGGCCUUUUACCAAACAUCUUGAGAGUAGUUCCUGCAACAGCCCUGACGUUUGUUGUUUAUGAACACACGUCACACUUCUUGUUGGAUUUGCGGAAACCAGAAGAACCACAGCAGGAAGAGAAGAAUUAAGAUAUAUCUUUAAUGCUCAGGAAGAUUACCCUUAUUUUCAUUUUAUUUUUUAUUAAUUUUUUUUUUUUCUUCCUCUUCUUUCAAUUUGUUUAUAAGAUACUGCCUGAGAAUCCUGAGUUCAGCUCAGAUGAAUGUUCAAUAGAUUUUCAAGUCAUACAUACUUUGGAGUAUACUUCUAUCUAUAUGAUAUCAGUGUUGUAAAGAGAAGUAUGGAUUCAAAGAAAAUUAUAGUGAGAAUUAAAGGAAAUCAAAAUAUUGUAUUAUAUAUAGCUAUCACCAUUUGCUGGGCACGUGGCUAUCAAUGCACUAGUCUUCCACAUUACCAGCUUAUAAGCUAUCUUCUCGUACACUACUUUUUAAUGAAUUGCUUUGUAAUGUCAUGUAGUAGAUGUCUCAUUAAAGAAAUAUUUUGCAUGAUCUUAUAAGCUUCAAUUAAAAUGAGAUACAGAGCUAUCAUAUAUAAUGGAUUCUCGUACCCUUUUACACAGGUAGUGAAGGUAAUGUUCAAAGGAACCUCAUUUAUGCAUUUGUUUUAGUUGCUGUGAUGUUCAUGUUAGUAUUAAGUCUUGCCUUACUUAAUGUGUGAAGGGGGUUGAUGGGAAAGAAUGGGUUAACCAAACCAUUUAUAUGUGUUGGAAUAUGUGAUUGCCUUAAUUUGUAUAACAUUGAAAAAGUUGCUUAUCAGCAUAAAAUUGUUUCUGGGUACACUAUUUCAAAGUCAGACAAACUGAAGACCUCUUUUUCUCUCUUUUAUGUAGACUGUAAUAUUCAGUCUGAGAUUUGUUGAGUGGGUUCUUCAUUGACAGUAUUUAUAAACAAAAACUGAAAAAUUAAAUGCAUUAUCAAGAUUAGGUGGUACAAAUACAUUGUUGUGAUUAUGAUGUAAUGAAAUCUACUUAGAUUGCUGACUAUGUUCUUAACACAGAUGUAUGCUGAUGAGCUGUUAUCCAAUUAUUACCAUCUAUAACCUGAAGGCUGUUAUCUUGUAUGAUAUGCAGUUGUUUGGUUUUCUAUACAGGCAGCAAACAGAGGUUGGAAAUUUUACUUAGAUAUAGAUGAAAUGUAUUUGCUCAUUCCAGAAUUUAAAUAGAAUUUCAGUCUUAGUCUUUAAUUACAGGUCUACCUAACUACAGUCUUUGAUUCCUGACACAAGGGAUAAGAUUCAUUGGCAGGUUAACAGCAAAAUGCAUUUUUGUUUUUAUACACAAAUAUUUACUCUUAAUUAUUUCUUUUUUUUCUUUUUUUUCAUUCUUAUUUUUGAGAUAGAUUAGAAUGAUCAGAUCUUUUUUUUUUUUUUUUUUUUUUAGGUUUUCUAUUUUGCUAAAUCUGCCUGAAUCACAACAAAGCGUUCAUGUUAUUUCAGUUCCUGGUUAUAAGAAAUUGAUAAAAAAAUUGUUACUCAUGUCCAGAUGCCCUUGUGAUAAGAAAAAUUUGCAUCCCUUGUUAACUAUCUAGUCAGUCAAUUACUUGCAUAGAUAGAAAGUUAAUUUGUAUGUAUAUAUGUUGAAGAAAUGUAAGAAAGAUAA